UCCCUCGUGUGCACGCGCGCUCCGGUCUCUCCCGUGCCAGUGCUCUGUAGUCGCGGUGUCCCAAACACAACACCGAGCAAACGGUUGUCGUUUUCCUCCCGGGACAGAUUCUGCACCUCCACGCUGCAAUAUGGCGACAGAGUUCCACAACCUUCAGGAGCUGCGGCACAGUGCGUCGCUGGUAACAAAGGUGUUUAUCCAGAGAGACUACAGCGAAGGAACCGUGUGCCGAUUCCAGACCAAGUUCCCUUCAGAGCUUGACAACAGGAUUGAGCGAACUUUGCUGGAGGAGACGGUGAAGACCCUGAACUCGUAUUAUGCGGAGGCUGAAAAAAUUGGAGGUCAGUCGUACCUGGAAGGAUGUCUGGCUUGUGCAACAGCUUACAUCAUCUUCCUCUGCAUGGAGACACGCUAUGAGAAGGUGCUGAGGAAGAUAUCAGGCUACAUCCAGGAGCAGAAUGAGAAGAUCUACGCUCCUAGAGGUCUGCUGAUCACAGACCCCAUAGAGAGAGGAAUGAGGGUUCUAGAGAUCAGCCUGUUUGAAGACCGGGGCUCGGGCGGCUCCAGUCCCAGCAGCAGCAUGUCGUCAGGCAGCAGCGCUCGGUGACUGGAGGGGCAGCGCCAGGCUUACGGAUACCACCACAGGGGCAGCGGAACACUUACCAACAUCCGCAUGCUGAAACAUGAGAGCACCAGAUUCUAGGAGAAGUGGAGAGAUUUUAAAAAAAAAAGGCGAGGAGGUGAUCCACAGCAUUCACACUCUCCCUGCUGGGGCCUACAAUGUACCACCUUGAGAAGAGGAGCUGGCUCACACCAACACACUGGAUACCUAACACAAUAAACACAAGUGCAACAGAACCCAUACAUCGGUUAUAGACACAUCCACAGCGUCUGUGAGGACUAUCCUUCACUCUCCAACAGCUUUCUGAGCCAAAACCAUCAUACUUUCCUUUCUUUUCUCCAUUAACCUUUCCGCUCAUUCCAUCACGUCUGUUUGCAUGAGUCACACUGUGUCCGCUUUGUAGCUGAUUCAGCUGAGGCUUACCCUUAAUUAGACUGGAUGUCGAUGCUUGAUUGUUUUCAGGAGGUCACUGUCACUGCUUAUCUGCUGAUCUACUGGCAGUGUAGUCUUAGAUCCGUGCAGCAGCUCUGAAAUCCGAACGGAGGAAAAACUACAAGCCUCCUGGGAGACCCAAUGUUCUCUGUUCUUCCUGAAUGACUGCACUUGUGUCAGGUGGUCGAGGUCGAGCCACUUUGAAUGCUGGCAAAUUGGAACCGCUGCGGGGCCACUUGUUUCUAUGCUCCGUUCACCUGCGUUUGGCUGCAAUAUCAGACGGCCAUCCGAGAGCACCUUGGAUUAUUUAUCCUUCUCAUUCACAGCAGCGGAUGCCAGUGAUCCACAUCACAGCUGUAAGGUCACACUCCUACUCACACAUGCUCCGCACACACUCACACAUAUGCAUACAAAUGCACAUGACCGUGCAGAUACACUGACACACACCUGUGGGUAGCGGCUAUGCAUUCCUGCGAACACACACACACAUUCUGGCAGACGGGGAGUCAGCAGAGCCAGACAAUAUUCUCUGUGGUCUCAGCUCAUUGGGAACACUAGCAAACCCCGUAUGGCCCUGUGAGGCCACGCUAGUCCGUGUAUCUGUUGUGUUGUGAGUAUGCAUGUGCCACCAGUCUAGUGUGAGAUGAAAGCUGGCGUCGUUUAGCACAAAAAUAAAUAAAUCGAGGAUCAGUGCCCUAAAUGAGACCAGAAAACACUCUGACAUAUUGGGUCCUGCAAAAAGAAGUGAAGAGCACUGCCUGUUAUCUUAAUAGAUGUUUAAUUUGUGAAACAUUAGAGGUGUUAAUGAUAAAUGUGUGUUUUUAUGUGAGUAUAGGUGUAUGCAGGAGAAUCGGUGCACACAGAGUUCAAUACCUACAUCUCUUUUAGUCUGUCUGCUAUAAAAAAAAAAACAGCGGUGAUAUAAAACACACAGCUGGAAUGUAUUGUAAAUGACAUGCAAACAUGUUGAUGCUGAAAAAGAUUUCAAAAUAGUUUAUUAUUAGUCUUUCCUUAUGCCAGUGAAACACCGUUUUAGCUCUCUCAAGGAUCGCACUGAGAAAGUUCUUUUGAGAGAAGAAUGACUGAAAUGAUAAAAUCUUAAGACAAACAUCUAUAAUGUGGGUCAUUUUCCAGCAGCCUAUUCAAGCUUAAUAUCCAUCUAACACUGCUUACUCACACUAUUACUACUCUGCAGGUGUCUUACUAAGACAACAUCCUCAGCACAUUCAAUGAAGUGCAGCCUGAGGAGCAUAAAUUCUGCCUCUCUUUGGAAAAAAAUGGAGCAUCCUGUGUGACUAAUGUGACUCUGCGUGUGUGUGUGUGGAGGCUGAUGAGAUGAAAGGUGAUCAUUAUGUAGCAAAAAUGUUGAUGCCAACAGACAGCACACCCACGCAGCGACGAACAAAAAACGAGACCUUCUGAAAAAAUCUUAAAUCCUGUUUCUGUGUCUGCAUAUUUUAUUUCUGUUGUGACAGUUCCAGAGUUGCUUUUACCAUUUUCAGUUUUGUUUUCUCAAAACUCGCCUCAUAACACAGCUCUGAGAGUGUAGUCCUUUGUCCCUUCUUUAGCUUAGUUCGCUACCAGCAAACCCUUCAGCAGAGCCACUGCCUUGCAGCAAGUCUAGUGUACCUUCACCAGAGCAGUGUAUAUUUAAAGUUAAACUACUUACUGGAAAGUCAUUGCAGAGCUGAUAACGUUUUGCUUUAUUCCUGUGGAUAGUUUAAUUUCAACCUGACGUUUUAUGACCUGGAUGAGUGCGAUGAACCUACACAGACAUUCUACCACAGCGGUUGAGUUCAGUUGUGCUUGUGUUCAGCCUCCUGUGCUUUUUUGAUGCCUUCAUGUUUCAUCCCAGUGGAGUGGAUAUCCAGCCUGGGGCUGAUGGACUGAAUUAAAAAAUGACUCAACACUGCCAAUAAGCAAUUAAAGGCGCUCAUUGGACAAUGUACAAAGAAAAAAAACGAGUGUAAAUGAACUGUACAGGAGAAGAACUGUGCCGUAAAUGGCCGUCAAUGUUUAUCCACACUGAGCCUGUAAAGAAGUGGAUGGAAAUGUUGUAAACAUAUUUAAUUCCACAGUGUCACCGAUGCUCAGAAGUAAACCCUGAAUAUGUGUUUAAUGUUUUUAUAUUCUCUAUAGUUUGGGCAUCGAGUGAAAGAGCAGCUAGAAAAGCGUAUCGUCUGUCCAGCAGAAGUUGUUGUGUAGUAUCGUUCUGUUUUGUUCGUCCAAACUUUUGUUUAAAGUCUUGAUACCGUAGCUUAUGAUGUUGUUAAUGAGAAUAACAAUGUCAGUUGCUGUUGGAGGUGAAGAGAACAGUGAUGGUGGUGAUUCUCAGGGGAAAGUCUAAAAUGUGCCAAAUUCAGAGGCUAAACUUCUCAAAGGAUAAGUUCACUUGUGUAGCCAUGCUAGCAGCUUUAGUGUUGGUCUGUCGGUUGGUUCGUCAUGCUGCAGAUGGAGAUUUUUAUUUUUCUAAAACUAUUAAAUGGACUAAGAUUAAAAUUGAUACAAAUGUUCAAAGGCUCCAGAGGAUGGAUAGUCUUGACACUGGUGAUGCUCUGACUUUCAAAAAUCAGUUCUACUAAAUAGUUACUGUGAUGGAUCAACACAAAAUUCACAGAUCCCAGACAAUGAUUUUUAUUAACACUCUGACUUUUUCUGUGGUGCUGUCAUAAGCUUAGCAUUAGUGCUUUUGAAUAAAACAUCUCAGCAACUAUUAGAUCAAUUUUCCAUGAAAUUGGAUUGAGACAUUCAUUCUCCCUUUGGGUUUAUUUGGAAUAACUUUGUAAUUCCUCUGCUUUUCAAUACUGAGUCAGAAUUGAACUUAUGUAACAAAUAACAGCAAAACUAAUAGGAUUCCCAUCAGCAUCACCACUUCAGUGCUAAUUAAAAAAUUAGCCUGGAGAGAAUCUAAAAUGAUGCAUGUUUUACCCGAUAUAACAUGGUAUUAUCAUUGUUACCAUGGUGACCACUGCCUUGCUGUGCCAAAUUCGUCUCAGAAAGCAGCUAACAUGGCUAUAUGUUUUAAGCAUGUCUUAAAAUCUAUUAAAUUUAUUGGCAUGUUGGUACAUUAUUACGCUAAAAAUCUGAACUUAUCUUUUAAAACUGAGGUGAAAAAGAAGCACCGUGUGCCACUUUAUACUUUAUGUAGCUCGUUCUUUCAGGAACUACUCUGAUUAAUAAAGACAACCAAAAAAAGUGAAGAUUAUGAUAAGGUAUUAAUGUAUUCUUGGUAAAAAGAAAAAAAGAUAAGUACCUUAUCACAGAGCAGAUUACAUUUUCCUGCUGCUUAUCAAGAUAACCUCUUUGCUAAAAUGUCUUUGGAAGAGAAGCUGAGAUAUAAAACGUGGGCCAAAUGAUGAUGUAUAGUGCAUUUCAGUAUGUAAAUUUCCACACUUGCCAUGUAUUUAUCUUGUACUGUAUUUGAGAGUGCAGCGAGUCCUCUCAGAUUCAUGGAAUCAUCAGUGAGCUGAUAUUACAUGUAUGCUAUGCUGUUUCAGUCAGAGACUAUUCAAUAGUGCAAUACGAUGUCUUCCUAAAAAUAUAAAAGAUGAUGAGUAGACUCUGCCUGGCACCAGCCUCGUUCGGUUGCUUUGAGUUGGGAGUUGUUUGCUUCAGGGGGACUAAAACUGCAUUGAUGUUUAAUGCUGCAUGAUGUGUGUGUGAAGUGUAAACAAAGCAAGUACCAGAUGACAAGAAGUGAACUCCCCGAUCAACAAAAUCCCCGGUUGUGCUGCUGAGAAAAAGGAAUUUAUAUCUCAUCUUGAUGCUAUUUCUGUGUUUACAUCGGGUUAUUUACAUACUAAUUGAAAUGGAUCCAUGUACUUUUUUUUUCAAAGCUGAUUAUUAUUCAAAGCCUGAGGAGAACAGUUCUAACUGCCUCAGAGAGAUGAAUAAAGUGUCUGAAGUUGAUGAAAAGAAAGUUGCCGUCAGUAUGUAGCAAAGUUACUUCAUGCUGUUGUCUAGACACUCGGUCCACGCUGCGUCCUGUGGUCUCUCCUUCUCUGUCUUGCACAUAUUUGUCGGGAUAGUCACAGAGAGAAACUUUGCAACGAAGCCAAGUCACGUCACCUAAAGACUGGAUAUCCAGAUCAUCGGUGCUGGAAGGAAGAACAUUUGAAUCCAUUCAGUUGCCUCAUUUGCCUUGAAUUUUGGUAAUUUUGUUGUGUCCAUCAGUCGUGGCGAAACAGAGCAGUCUGCUGUGAUGGAAAGUGAUUUUGCUACAUAAAAAAAAUCCAUCUCAAUGUAUUUAAUUUCGCUAUUUAGACUUACAGUCUUAUUUAAAGUGACCAAAGUGUGUCUGUGGGGUGAAAUAAUUCAUUGUUUGGUCAGUUGAGGAUGCAGAAGCUCUAAAUCUAACUGACACAUUAGAUGCAUGCAAAGUUUCUUACACAGAGCCAAGAUUAACAUCCAUUUGAACUCUUGGUUCUGGCCACCCAGCAAAUUUAAACUUGCUUUGGUCUUCACCAACUACUGAAGGACAUGUUUGUUUCUUACAUGCUCACAUGUUUACAUGUUUAUAUGCUAGUUGCAGUCCUGCUCCAUCUGCUAUUUGAUGCUGGGCAUUUGGCGUACAAGAAGUCAUUUUCUUUUGCUGAUAACUGCCGUGUGCUCCUGGAAAUAAUGCUGAUGAAUCAACUGAAAAUGAACUAUUACAACAGAGAUGCAAAUGGUCUGUAAAACCCAAAAAAAAUCCACUUUUGACUUUUCUCCUAUUGGAAACCUUCUUUCGUACUGUCUUACCAUGAAAGGAUGAAAUCAAUUUUUGGGAGAUUUGUGUGUGACAUCCACAUUAACUCCACUUCUGCUCUAAAUGCCUGAAAUGAGGCAGUUAAACUAAUGCUCAAAACCUGAUGUUAGACCGGCUAAUCAAAGUUAAUCCGACAAGUAACUUGAUGCUAAAGUUCCAGUUUAAGUGUUUGCCCUUUGGAUCAGUCGUUCAAGUUUAAGUAACAGUUUUCUGGGUGUUUAGUUUCGGAUCACUAGCAGUCAAACCACAUCCUAACCACGGAAGCUGAUCAGGUUCUGUAAACACUACGGUCUUCCACUAACCAAAACAUUUUGUGUGACUAAUGUAAAAUUGUUCGUUAGGUAUCAAUUUGUCUUUAUUCAGUUCAUUUUAUAGCCUGAACGUUUGAGGAAGUUAUUAGAAAGAUAAAUGUUUCCUUUGCAGAAUAUUUUUCCAAUUUACAAGAAAAUUAUAGUAAAAGAAGAAGCAUCAAUUAUGAGCAUAAUGAUACCUUAAACUAGCAUGACUAAACAUCAUUAUUUGUUUGAUGGUCCAGUUUGUAAUGUACCAACAUAUGUAAAGACAAGUAUUACUAGUUUACUUUGAUAAUGGCACAUUUACUGUUUCUUACCACAUUUUGGGGUGUUUAUUUAAGUUGGAGAAACAGUGCAGAUAUCCUUGGAAAAUUUAAGUCAUGCCACAUCUAAUAAUAUUUUUGAUUUUAAUUGCAGCCUAUGCCUACUUGCAAAACCCCUGUGCACUAACUGCCCUGAACUAAAAUGCAGGCAAACGUGUUAGCAGCUCCUUCAGGUGUUGUUGGAGAUGAAAGCAGGUCUAGAAGAGACACUGGAAGGAAUAUUGGACUUCAAUUCAUCAAGUGGAAUGAAACAACUCCAAAUUAAAGCUGCAAGAAGCAUUGAGCUGGUCCUUGCAUCUUUGCUGGUCAGUGAAUCCAAGCAUGUCCACCAGGUGGCGCUGCGACUGAGAGUGUAUUUCAGCCUAUGUAUCUGGUGAAGGCCGGACUAUGACCCCACAUGUAAUGUUUCAGGCAGAUUGGAGCAUGUAUGCGCUAUUUAGAAACCACUUCCUGUCCAUCCACCAGGUGGCGCUAUGACUGUGAUUGUAUAGUGCCCCAUGGAUGUCAUCAGGGCCGGACUCUGAACACACAAGUCUGAGGCAGAUUGGAGCAUGUACAGGCCAGUUACAUCACUUUUGAAGAUGGAAAACAGGAAGAGCAGGGGUGGUAUGGAGAAGGCUAGAAUAAAAAGAGGAAAGUUCUGGAAAAAGACGCAGCCGAACGUGCAGAAACUGGAAACAUUUUCACUAAAGCUUGCGUUUUCAAACGACAAAUGAGGACAAGGAAACGGAUACGGACUUUGUUGAACUUUGCAAACCACCGUUCAAGUUAAUUAUUAAAUCAAUUAAUUGUGUGUCAUUGUGGCGUAAAACACAACGUUAUAUAAUUUAAAUAAUAGUAUGAUGCGACCACAUAACUGGGAAACUUUGUCCUGCAGCGCCUCAGAGUCAGAAGAAAGAUCCAGAACCAAGCAGCAGCCAAGACCCCACUAGUCCAGAAUGGGAGGUAGGAUUGUUCAUUGAGUGAAUAAUAUUAGAAUGAAUAUAAUGAAGAGUCUGGUGUAGACCUGCCCUAUAUGAGAAGAGCCCUAAAAUGAGAGAUGAUUCAUCGAAAGAUAACUUUAUUGUGCGCCUCUGUCGUCACUUAGUUACGCCCGCCUUCUGACUCUACACUUCAUGGUGAUUCGUCCGGCCAGUUUUAGGAGAAUCCAGCCUCGAGCCUUAUGGAGGGUAACUAGACCCUCCCUGGCAGAGAAUCAAAUUCGUUGCCGUGGGUUGUCUAGCGCGGCUAGGCGAGCAAUCUCUGACCUUAAGGAGGAACUGCGACUUUCACUCUGUAAUGAGACGGCGGUUAUUUUAAAGACCGAGCUCCUGGCAGCUUUGAGUGAAAAUUUAACAUCCAUCAAAAAGGAACUGUAGACAGUGAAAUCUGAGCUGUCGGUCAGUAUUUCAAACAUCAAGUCCGACCCUACACCAUCUAUGGAUGUCUCUGCUCCAUGCAUGGCACGAGCAGUUUUGCUGUCCUAUUUGGAACAGAGCCCCCCCCCCCCCCCCCCCCCCCCCCCCCGUGGGUUGGUGAAGGAUGGAUAAGCUUGUCUGGCAAUACGGGAGCAACCAUAUCCCAUAGUGAGACAUCGAACGGAAUAUUAUGAAAGAGAACUUUAGGUUAUUUACAUAACCCCGGUUCUCUGAGUCAUUUGAGUGAGAUGUGUCACCAGACAACCCUUCUUGCUCGGGCGAAUGAGAAGAGGCGCUUAUCUUGAAUGACAUGGUGCCGUCCACAUGAGCUAUUUAAGGUAGGUGGGACUACCUGUGGCGGACGGACACGUUUCACCAGGCAAUCAGGAUUGGCGUAAUGAGAUUAAUGCUUCUGAGGUCUGCCGCAGGGGCGUGCAUCCCAUAGUGAGACAUCGAACGGAAUAUUAUAAAAGAGAACUAUUCUUUAUUUAUGAGCAUUAGAUAUCUGUGAAAACUAAUUUGCUUGAUAUUUGAUAUUGCAAAAAAGGACAUUGUGAUGAUGUAAAGAAUCGUGUUGGAGGUUAGCCCUUUAACUGAUGUUCUCAUAUUUCUGAAAUUUAAAUUGUGAUGGUACUGUUUCCUUACAGAGGAAAAAGAAAUGAUAGUGUUUUUAGAAAGUGCAACACCUUUUACUUUAUUUUUUAAAUUUAAUAUUUUUAUUUCUUCUUUUAUUUCAGUUUUAAGGUUUGGAUAUCCUCGAACACUUUAUUGAACAGAAUAUAGAUUCUGAUAUUGUUGUAAAGAAUAAUGUUGGAGAUGUGCACUCAUGUUGGAAUAAAGCCACAUUGUGAAGCAACCAUUA